AGAAAAUCAGAGUCUAAUACUUGAUGAUGUUUAUAAACAUUGGCAAAUUUCUAAAAACCUACCAACUACUGAAAUCAAAGAAAAUACUUCUCAUUAUGAAGACUCAUUUCAAUCACUCUUACAAGAUUUAUAG